AUGACAAGUAACAUAGCUGAGCAGCUGAACAAUGCUUUGGUGGAAGGCAGAUCAUCCCCAAUAGUUGAGUUGCUUAUGUUUAUACAAGAGAUGAUGACAAGGUGGUUUAGUGCUCGUAGGAAGAAGUCUGAGAGGCAUAGGGGGUUGAUGACUGUUGAGGUGGAUAAGGUAAUGACAAAGAGCAUGGCACUGAUGAGUGGAAGCAAAAUCAAUUCAGUUUCUAGUUGGAGCAGUCAGGUUGUAGGGAAGUAUGGAGGUUAUGACAGCGUAAUUUUAGAUCAGAAAAAAUGUUCCUGCAAGUACUUUGACCACAUGAAGAUACCAUGUGGUCAUGCAAUGCUCGCUGCUGACAACCUUGGGGUACCUUACGAUACACUAGUUGGGCACUGGUACAAGACAGAGGCCUGGAGAGAAACAUACGCCGAUGUGAUCAGUCCAAUUGGCGAUCCAAGGGAUGAGGAUAUUCCUGAAGAGGUGAUGAAUAAGGUUUUGAUGCCACCUGUGACGAAGAGACCGGCAGGAAGGCGGAAGACAAAACGCUUCCUAUCAACAGGAGAAAUCCCUGGACCAAAUAAGAAGGCGGUACCGAACAAGUGUGGAAGAUGCAGGGGGACAGGGCAUAACAGGACGAACUGUACGGUUCCGCUGAAAUGA